AUGUCGCUCGACAAUGUCUUGUAUGAGCUCCGACAUGAAGGCGCAGAUAAAAAGCUAAAACACGUCGAGGAUGUGGCUGAUCGCUCGCAGCCGGCCAUUGAGCCAGGCACUCACGUGCAUAACUGGGACAAAGACAGCUUCUUGAAGGAGAUUGAGACAGGUGUCGCCUUGAAGCAUGUCAAAGAGUCCCAAGACCGCAGCAGUCCCCGAGUCGAGGGGAUUCAGGUUCACCCGAACGAUCGCCCAUCUUUUCUGGCGGAGGUGAAGGCGGUCGGCGGCCACCACGCGUUGAUUAGCGAGCUCAAAGCGGGCGGCGUGGCGCUCCAACAUGUGGAAUCUCCCGCCGAUCGCAGCGCCCCAGCGGUGCAGGGCGCUCAGGUUGGCAAGUGGGAUAAGGACGCCUUCCUGCACGAAAUCGAGUCGCCGCACACACUAAAGCACGUGGAGAACGCGGCUGACCGUUCUGGUCCCCGAGUGGAGCCGGAUUUGCAGAUCAAGUCCAACAAGCACGAUGAUCUUUUAAAUGAAAUCAAGUCCACCAGCCCGACUCAGCUGCGACAUCUUCGGGCGUUUUGUCGGGAGGUAUGUUCCAGGCAGAUUCACCUGGUUCAGGGGCCAUUUAAUAGGGCUAAGUGAACCGUGUAGGUGGACUAGUUUGUCCCCUAAAGGGGAACUUUAGGAACCGGGGCUUAAACGCAUGGGAUGGCCCUUUAGCCUCUUGGAUAAACAACUGGCUGAGAUCCUUCUGUAUAUGAACGCUGAUCAUGGAUGACGCAGCUGUAUAUCGAUGAAUAUGGAGUGCAACCUCGGUAGCCAGCUCUAUACAGAGGGAUGUGCAGUACAUACCUCCCGCCCUGUGCCGUGCUGCAGGGCAA